AUAUCAGAUCCAUCCUCAGUUUCCUUCAGUCGGGUCAGUUUGCGUUUGUUUCCAGGUUGUAACGUGGAAAACGCAUCGUACGGUCUGACGGUGUGUGCCGAGCGGACCGCCAUCCAGAGGGCGGUGGUGGAAGGACACAGGAAGUUCAGCGCCAUCGCCGUCACGUGUGAUAUCGAAGACCACUUUGUGGGACCGUGUGGAGCCUGUCGACAGGUUCUGAUGGAGUUUGGAUCGGACUGGAUCGUGUAUCUGACCAAACCAGAUGGAUCCUACAAACAGACCAGCCUGGCGGAACUCCUACCGCUGGCGUUUUCUCCCGCUCACCUCCACAAGAACUGAAGGCGUCCAGCAGCGUUUGGUCCAUCUGUGUGUCGUAGAACCUC